CCCCCAUCUCCUCUGCUUCUUCCACAAAAACAGAGCAUUCUCUUUCUCUCUCUCUCUCGCUCUCUGUCAAUCCACUGCAGUUAAUUAGCACGAGUGAUAUGGCGAAGGACAUUGAGGUUGGAGGGCAAGGUGGGUUCUCCGCCAAGGACUACCACGACCCACCUCCGGCACCGCUGAUUGACGCUGAGGAGCUCACCAAGUGGUCCUUCUACAGGGCUAUCAUUGCCGAGUUCAUUGCCACGCUCUUGUUCCUAUACAUUACUGUCUUGACGGUGAUUGGUUACAAGAGCCAGACCGACAAAACCGCCGGCGGCGACGACUGUGGCGGCGUCGGCAUUCUUGGCAUUGCCUGGGCCUUUGGUGGCAUGAUCUUCGUCCUUGUUUACUGUACAGCUGGAAUUUCAGGAGGGCACAUUAACCCGGCGGUGACAUUCGGGCUGUUCCUGGCUAGGAAGGUCUCGCUGGUCCGAGCCAUUUUGUACAUGGUCGCUCAGUGCUUGGGGGCCAUAUGCGGAUGUGGGCUAGUGAAGGCAUUCCAGAGCGCUUACUACAACAGGUACGGCGGCGGAGCCAACGAGCUCGCCGCUGGAUACAGCAGAGGCACCGGGUUGGCCGCUGAGAUAAUUGGUACCUUUGUGCUUGUCUACACAGUCUUCUCUGCCACUGAUCCCAAGAGAAGCGCAAGAGAUUCCCAUGUUCCCGUCUUGGCACCACUUCCAAUUGGAUUUGCAGUGUUCAUGGUUCACCUGGCCACCAUUCCGAUCACCGGAACUGGUAUUAAUCCUGCUAGAAGCUUCGGAGCUGCAGUGAUCUACAACGAGAACAAGGCAUGGGAUGACCAAUGGAUUUUCUGGGUCGGACCAUUUAUUGGUGCUGCCAUUGCUGCAUUCUAUCACCAGUUCAUUUUGAGAGCAGCAGCUGCUAAAGCUCUGGGGUCCUUCAGGAGCUCAUCCAACAUGUAAACUGCCAAAGAUGUGUGUCUUGGAAGAGCAAUGGCACUUUUUAUAUGGUCAGGAGGAAGGGAGGGUGUGCAACAUUCCUGGAAUUUGUACAUUAAUUAUUAAGUUUAUGGCAAGGGUGUUCUUCGGUUUACUUCUGUGUUCUGGCACUCAUUUUAAAUGUGCCUUAAUGUUCUUGUGUCUCCUGUUUCCCUUUGCAUUUCUUGUACUUUCCUUUUGUCCUGUGUACUCAUGAUGUUAUGGUCGAAAUGAUCAGCAACUGCUCUGUGUUACUUUCUGUC